AACCGCGACCGCGAACACCACGACGAACCCCUCUCUCUCUCUCUCUCUCUCUCUCUCUCUCUCUCUAUCCACAUAUACAGUAGAUAGAUACACACAUGUAUAUGUUGUAUGUUUGGAAGGAUUCGAGUUGAAAUCGAUUCCAUAGGUUUUCGGAAAAAAUGAGCUUUGUAGAGAGGAGUCAAUUGGGAUGCUGCGUCGCGAUCCGUACGCUCCCCCCUCACUCCUCGCCGGUUACCAGAUGCCCUCACUCUUCCGCCGCUUCUCAAGGUUGAAGGUAAGAGUCAACUGGUUGAUUGCAGAUGAUGCAGCUCAUGGGACACCAAAUCGGAUGGGGAAAGGCCUCACUUGUGUUUGCUUCAAGCCUAAGGGAAGUUAUGAACGCAUUUGCAUCAAUUUGACGCCCUUACAGGAAGAGAGACUUAAAAGGUUGAGGCAUCGGAUGAAGAUUCACUUUGAUGCUUCUAGAGUGGAACAUCAGGAAGCUUUGAAAGCUCUAUGGUCUGCCACAUACCCUGGGCAGGAGCUCCAUGGUUUAGUAUCCGACCAAUGGAAAGAAAUGGGUUGGCAGGGGAGAGAUCCAUCAACUGAUUUCAGAGGCGCUGGUUUCAUUUCCUUGGAGAACUUACUGUUUUUUGCCAAGACAUUUUCGACAUCUUUCCAGCGUCUGUUAAAUAAGCAAGGAGGCAAGCGAUCUGCAUGGGAAUAUCCAUUUGCUGUUGCGGGUGUAAAUAUCACAUACAUGAUCAUGCAAAUGCUUGAUCUUAAUACCGCAAAACCCAAGACAUUUGUGAGAGCAUCUUUCUUGCAGAUAUUAUCAGAAAAUGAGUGGGCGUUUGACUUACUUUAUUGUGUGGCCUUCAUGGUUAUGGACAAGCAGUGGCUAGAGAGAAAUGCCACAUACAUGGAGUUCAAUGAUGUUUUGAAAUCAACUCGGGCUCAGCUGGAAAAGGAAUUCCUAAUGGAUGAUGUCGUACAGAUCGAAGACAUGCCUUCUUAUAGCCUGCUCUGUUAAUGGCCAUCCUGGAGCAAGUUUUAACAUGUUUCGAUAGUUUUCAUUCUUAACAUGUUUAGAUAACUAGAUUUGAACAAUCUUUCACCAUCUUCAAGUGACCAGAUAUGCCCUAAUUUUAUACAUACGUGGAUGCGUCCAAA